AUGUCCAAACUUAUUAUCGUUCAACAAAAUGAGGGAAUGCCUACUAACUGCAAGACGGGGCCUGUGCACAUACCAAGGAGAAUCCUGCCCUUCAGGAGUUCUGCCAUUGAGAAAUUAACCCAUGAUUACCUAAACUUGUUUCACUUCCCACCACUAAUUAAGGACUCAGUAGAUGAACCUAAAGAAAAUGAGGAAAAAAUUGUGAACCUUGAACUUGUUUUUGGUUUUCACUUGAAAUCAGGAACUGGCCCACAGGAUUGUAAGUGGAAAAUGUAUAUGGAGAUGGAUGGGGAUGAAAUUGCAAUAACCUACAUCAAAGAUGUGACAUUCAACACUAACCUACCCGAUGCAGAGAUUUUAAAGAUGACAAAGCCCCCAUUUGUAAUGGAGAAGUGGACUGUAGGAAUAAUGGAAAAUCAGACGGUAGAAUGCACUGUCACCUAUGAGGUACAACAGCAAGUGGUCCUUGUUCUUUCCACCAUCAGCUAA